AUGGGCCGAUGUCUGACUUACCAACCCUGCCAGCUACUCAUUCUGGGACUCGUCGCAGCUCUUGCUUUUUCAAUAUGGACACUAUGGCUGGGCGUCAACUCAGAUAAAGACAACAUCCAUCCUUUGCUGAACCAACUGAUUCCUGCGGGCCAUUGUGCUUGCCGGUCUGCUACCAUCUUCAGCUGUGAUAGCUGCCUCCAGUGCUCUGCUUCCACCUUGCCUCCGAGCCCUUCGCCUCCUCAUAUCACCUUUGAUCCGAAUGAAUACUCCUACAAUGAGACACAAUGCCAUUCCUUCUUCCCUGGCUUGUUCGAAGAUCCCACACGCGCUCAAACAUUCUGGCAGGCCAAGAAUGGGAUCCGCAGGGCUGACCUCGACAAUGUCCAAAUGAUGAACGGCAUGGUCAGAGCGGCCGUCUACAAAGGCCGUCUGUAUGUCCUUACCGCUCUCGCGAGGGGGGAAGAUCACCGCCGCAAAAUCAUCGGAGUGUUAAGCUCGAUCCACCGCGCCCUGAUCUCAGCCUCGGACCUUGCUGUGAUUCCAGACACAGAGUUUAUCUUCUCCGUUGAGGACAAAGUGGAAGAUAUCGCGGGACCCGGUCAUCCUCUCUGGGUUCUUGCGAGAAAGCCCCACGAAGAGUCCGUCUGGCUCAUGCCGGACUUUGGCUUCUGGUCCUGGGGCCAUCUUGAUAGCCAGAUCAGACCGUAUGACCAAGUGGUGGAGCAUGUCCGACAGCGGGAGGUGCCCUGGGACCAGAAACGGGAUAAGCUGGUGUGGCGGGGGAAGCUUAGCUUUGCACCAAAACUGCGGCGGACGCUGCUCGAGGUUGCACGGGGCUAUCCGUGGGGUGAUGUGCGAGAGGUGGAGUGGAGGAACAAGGCCAACUUCCUCAGCAUGGAGGAGCAUUGUGACUACAAGUUCAUCGCGCAUGUGGAAGGGCGUUCCUAUUCCGCGUCGCUCAAGUAUCGCCAGGCGUGUCAGUCGGUGGUAGUGAUUCAUAAACUGCAGUACAUCCAGCAUCACCACUAUCUCCUCGUCUCCUCCGGGCCACAGCAGAACUUUGUCCAGGUCGAAAGGGAUUUCUCGGAUCUGCCGCAGAAGAUGCAGGAGCUUCUGGAUAACCCUGCUAAAGCUCAGCGCAUUGCAAGGAAUAGCGUGAAUGUGUUUCGGGAACGCUAUCUGACAGCAGCCGCUGAUGCAUGCUACUGGAGGGCCCUGCUGCUGGCGUGGGCCGUGGCCUCUCCUGAUCUCACUCUGAGGGGCCCUCCUCAGAAUGGGAUCCGAUACGAGUCAUUCUUAUUGCUUGGAGAAAGCAAUAUGAUGCAUUUUGGGCGAUGA